CAACGAGAAGACUUUCAUAUCAAAGCUCUAGAAACAUACACAUUGGUUUUCGCACCAUGGCCAACAUCGCCGACCACUUCGACGGACCCGUCACGAUCGCCGUCAUUGGCGGCACCGGUCUCCAAUCCCUCCCCGGCUUCACACAUGUCGCGACCGUGAAGCCGAGCACACCCUGGGGUGCUCCUUCUGCACCAAUCUCCAUCCUCCAACAUCCAUCGCCUUCCACCGGUAAACCCAUCUCGAUCGCUUUCCUCUCCCGACACGGCCUCCACCACGAGAUCGCGCCCCACGAGGUCCCCGUCCGCGCCAACAUCGCCGCGCUCCGCUCCAUCGGCGUCCGUACUAUCAUCGCCUUCUCCGCCGUCGGCAGUCUCCAAGAGGAGGUCAAGCCGCGAGAUUUCGUUGUGCCGGACCAGAUCAUCGACCGAACCAAGGGUAUCCGACCUUUCACCUUCUUCGAGGGCGGGAUGGUCGGCCACGUGGGAUUCGCGGACCCCUUCGACAGCGGUGUCGGCGCAGUGGUGCGCAAAUGCGGACAGAGUCUCGAGGGCCAGGGCGUAGUGCUGCACGACAAGGGCACGGUCAUCUGCAUGGAGGGCCCGCAGUUCAGCACGCGCGCAGAGAGCAACAUGUACCGCAGCUGGGGCGGCACCGUGAUCAACAUGUCGGCCCUCCCGGAGGCAAAGCUGGCGCGCGAGGCGGAGAUCGCGUAUCAGAUGAUCUGCAUGAGCACGGAUUAUGACUGCUGGCACUCUUCUGGCGAGGACGUCACGGUGGAGAUGGUCAUGGGGAACAUGAAGGCCAAUGCGGAGAAUGCGCGUCGAUUCGUGGGCGCGGUGCUGGAUGAGCUGAGCAAAGAGGAACACGCGGACCUUGUCGCGGCGAAGCACCUCGUCAAUCAGACCAAGUUCGCGGGGAGCAUGACGGCGGCUCCGGGUCGGAGUGCGGCGGCGUUGGAGAAGCUGAACUGGCUUUUCCCUGGAUAUUUCCAGUAGAGAAGAAGGAUAAAAAAAAUCGUAAAGGAAGCUAGGACUUCAACAGCUCCGUAGAAACAAUAGAAAAGUAUUCAUAUCCGCGGUCCAUGGUUGCAUAACG